AUGACACAUGGCAUUGGAAACAACAGCCAGGCAUCAGAAGGUCGAAAGCGCCUGAGUUCGUGUGCUUUGCUAUUGGAAGGACACCCGGAUUUUGGAGACUUGCCUCCACGUCCAAGCUCUUCACCCGUCGAUGAUCUCGGCAACACUCUGGGGGAAAGCACUCUGAGGUCUGCGGCGACGGCACGGCCAUGGACAGCUGCAUCGUUGGCGUCAGUGAAGUCUUUCACGACAGGAUACCUGGCUUCAGACUCCUGGAACGACCUCUUUGCUGCAGACUUCCGGCCUGCACAAGCCGAGCCAGAGCCAAACGAGCGUACCGAGAAAAUUGCAUGUGGAAUCGUCUCCAAAGUUCUGGUGAGCUGCUCGGACUACAGGCUCUUGAAGCGAGAAGAUGAUGUUCGGGCAUUUACUGGUUUGUGGUCCACCAUUUCUUUUCGCCGGCCUCGAGGGAUGGACAUCAUCUGUGAGCAAGCCCGCUCGGCUCGAAAACCUCCGGUGUGUGUUGCAGAAGGCUUCCUGUCCAAAGGCCGUAGUGGGCAGACUCCAUACGAAAUUGCACUUGGGGUGUCGCUGCUCCAGAAAUUGGAAGGGCAGAACGCAGGAUUCAUCAAGCUUCUUGUGGAGUCUGGCUCACUGUCUUUUGUCACGACUGUAGCUGGGCAAGUUCUAUAUCGAGAAGGCGAUCCAGCAUGCUGUUCGUAUGUCCAGCUCUCCGGGUCGGUACAGAUGUACUCCCGUGAUCGUGAUUUCUUGAAGCAGUCUGGCUGGCAUCCCAUUGAAACCACGGAUGAUGACAAAGGCUCGUCGAAGCUACAGAAGCAAGCCACGAGGGGUCUUGGCACCCCUCGGACAGACUACGACCCCUCGCGAUAUCCGACAUUGCAAGAAUAUGUGCAGAAGGCAAGCAGAGAUGAGGCCCAGGCUUUGCCAAGGUUCCGGACCGUGGAGGGUCACAGCACAUUCAGCAAGGAUUCCUCCUAUGGAGAACUGUACGACACGCACCAUGCGCCUGGGACUCUGCUUGGCGAAUCUGCGCUGGUUGGCAAAGAGCUGUGGCAGCAUAGCGCAAGGUGCAUCAAAGACUGCGAGUUCUUGGCGAUCAAUGCCUUGAUUUUCAAGCAGACAUUGAAGAAGAUGCGUGAGAACCAGCGCUUCUUCGACUUGUAUAUGCCGGGUCUCAACAAGAACAGAAGCCUCAGGCCACAUCCCAACGAAUUCUUCAAGCGAGAAGUGGUACCAGAGGGGGAUUGCCUGCUUGAAGAAGGCAUGGUGUUGCUUGAACCUGCUGUCUUUAUGGUGCAGCGCGGCGAAGUCGCGCUGCGAAGAUGCAAGAUGUCCAGUGCGAACCCGGCCUACGUCCUGUCAACACGGCCCCUCGUAGGCAAGCCCCAGAAAGUUACAACACAGGAUGUCACUUGCCUGCUGCUGCCGGAGGUUGCGAGGACCUUCACGCCUCAACUGGAUGAGGAAGGUUUGCCGAGGAUUGGUUUGCCGCCUCCGUUAAAAGGCACAAUGCGGCAGAGGCUUGAGGACGAGUAUGUGGCAGAUCCAUCACAUUUUCUACCUCCCCGGGACAAGAAGCUUUCUCCGGAAGAAGCAAAAGUUCGUCAUCACAAGGCAUUGCUGAAAGAGCGACUGGAGACCGUUGCUGUCAGGAAGAAGGAGCGUGCUCUCAAGAGGGAUGAGGAGCUUCGAGAAGCACGGCCACUGCGUCAGGAAGCUCCCGAAGAGCCAAUUCGAAACGAUGCAGAGCUGGAGAAGAUUCGGGCUCUUCUGGAGUACGUGAGCACGCUUACCGCAGCCAGGCCCGGCUCGCCCGAGCACAUCGGCGAGGAGGGCGAGGACGCCACUUGGAGCCAUCGGCCUGGAAGGAAUUGGCUUUCGCCAGACACCUUCUGUGGUCCCUACAGCAGGCCUGCCUCCGCCGAGAUGUUCGCUGAGCGUACACUCAGGAAGGACUAUGCACCAGAAAGUCAGGAAACGAUCACCGUUCUGAGGACGGGCGAUAUGUUCUGCUCGCUGAGUUUUUUCCCAAUCUGGGGUGCGCCCGAACCUUUCUCGGCCGUAGCAGCAAGCCCCGACUGCUGCGUGGUUUACGUGCGGGGCGUGCACGAGGCAAAAAGCAUUCCCAAGGUCCUCCUCAAGGAGAUGCGCGUGGAACUUGGCCGCGAGCUCCAAGCCCGGUUGACUGCUCUUAUCGCAGCAACUGCGACUCCUUCAAAGGAGGCAAAGGGUUCAGGCGAAGUUCCGGAGACUCCGCAGCCGGUGGAGCCAGAGAAGGACGCAGAGGAGACUCGAGACACCGACAUGCCCGGCGUGCCGCAAGGAGUCGAGUCCGUGCUGGCCGGUGCUUCGAGGCAGUUGGAGUCCUUGAGCCUGCCCAUUCCGCGGCGCCCCAGCUUCCAGAGCUCCCUCAGCAACCGAAGCCUGCGCAGCAACGCGCGGGAAAGUGCCGACGACUCGCGGAGCUUUGACCGCAGUCCAGGGCCAGGCAGCUCAGGCAGCGGCCGCGGCCUCUACAGCGGCUUCCAGAGUUUCGAGGAACCCCCGCCCCGGGCUCGAAAGCGGCGGAAGCGAGAGAAGCCGGUGUCCUUCAUGAGGUGGCUCUUCUUCGGCAAGGGAACCGGCAAGGAGCAAGGUGCUUCGCUUGGGGGACGACAAAGCGUAAAGCACUGA